GUGACCAUCAAUGGCGUAGAGCAGCGAAGCUUGAACUUGUUCAAAGGAAGAAAAAAAUUUCUUUUUAUUGUUCGCUGAAACGUAAGGUAUAGUGUUUAUUUAUUGGAAAUUAUCCUCAGGCUAUCCUAUUCUUUUUUCAGCUAGCGUUAGUAUCACUUUUUCUCCCUGAUAUCUGAUGAUGAAUAGAUCUGCUUUAACACUGUGCAGCCAGUGCUAAGGUGUCUUGUGUAGUUUCUUUUUCUGUUUUGCCAACAGAAUUCUUUAGAAAAUGUGCAAAAGUAUAAACUUUUACAAGAUAACAACCUCGCUGUGUAACUUGGCUUAAUUUUGUGGGACAUAUUCCUGAUUCAGUGAAAAGCUGUCUCUUAAAUUCAGUCGACUAUUUCUAACACUGACGCCCCUGUAAAACGGACACCCAGAGUUGGUCCUUGUCUUUCUUGUUUCUGGUACCAAAGGUGUCUGUCUUACAGAGAGUUGGAUGUAUUUAUAAAUUUAUAUUAUUAAUAUUUUGAAUCAUUAUUUAAGCUUGAUAUUAUCAACGUUAUGAUUCUAUGGUUGGUCCUGCAAGUGGGCAACGUGAAAUGAAUCUUGUGUUGUGAUUGGCUGCCGGCCCAAGCAGUCGAGGCAUGGUUCUCUUGCCUGCUCAAGAAUUCCCACUUUGAUCCCACUAGAAAAAACUGUUCUCACGGCAAUAAAUCCUUUACAUACCAAGCAAGAUUACUGGAUAUUGUGUUUGCUCUUUUUUUCUUUUGCUUUUUUAUUGACCUUGUGUUUGUCUUGGUCCAUAAAAACCCCUGCAAGCAAGCUCUCCGGGGCGCUCUGGCAACAGGGUGGGAAAAGGCACGACAGCUUGCGACUACAUCUCUGGAAUUUGAAUUCCACCUCUAAUUCCCCUGUGGCUCCUUGUUGACUGAGCUGUCAGAUUUCCGCGAAUUGGCAGGAAGCAGAAACAAGUGCGAAUUCUGGUUUUGUACAACUAUAAUAUCUACCGGAAAGACAGGUCUGGAAGGCGUGGUGGUGGUGUUUUGCUGGCUGUCAAAUCUCACCUCACAUGUUUUUGUAGGCGUGAUCUUGAGUCUGAUGUGAAAAUGCUUGCUUGUAAACAAACAUUGCAAAAACACAUGCCAAGGUUAAUGACGUCAUUACUAAUGUCAUCUCCGCCAAUCAGCAUUUUGCAUCGAUGGACUUUUUGAUAUUCAAAUAUUCAAAUUCCUUUUAGGGCUCCACCAAAAGAGUGUCGGAGUUGACAAGCUGGUCAAUAACAAACUACUGAUUUUUUUUGCCCCCCAAAAUUCCCCUAGUACCCCUUUCCCCUAUUGUCCCCAUUUUCAAGGACAGUGUUGAAUUACACAAGUUCUGUGGGUAAAAAGUACAGAAACAGCUCACCAUUAUGUUAUUACUUUACUUCAGAAACCAUGCCGAUCCUAUACAGUGUUGUAGCAAGAGGAACAACAGUCCUAGCUAAAUUUGCCUCAUGUGCUGGUAACUUUGCAGAGGUUACGGAACAAAUUUUGAGUAGAAUUCCACCAGAGAAUUCCAAACUCACGUACACACAGGGCAGGUAAGAAUGAGAUUAUUAACAAUGGUAAUUAUUGGAAGCAGCUGGGUGUGAUGUGAAAUAUAAUGCAGAUUGAAGAGAGUGCCUUGGAUAUAUAUGGGAAAAGCACUAUAUAAAUGAGAACACCUAUUAAAAUUAGUAUUGGUAGUAAUAGUGGUAGUGUAGUGGCAGUGGCACCAGCAGCAGUAGCAAUGGCAGUAGUAGUAGCAGUAGCAGUAGCAGUAGCAGUAGCAGUAGUCGUAGUCGUAGUCAUAGUCGUAAAACUAAUCCUGCAUGUUUACCUACUAACUGUCAUGCUUUAGGUGUGACUCCCACACCUGAGGAAGACUGUGUUCUAGCAGCACCUGGUGGCCCGUGGAGCCUAACUUUUGCUCUUGGGCGACUAGAAAAUCUAAGUUUUUUCCACAGAAAUGAUAUGCAGGGCACCCUGAAUUUUAUAGGCUCAGAGCACUGGGCUCUGUUCAAUUUUUCUUAGAGCAGAGCCUUGCUCACCCGCAGACUGAAAACUUUGCUCUCUCACAUGCUGACCAAUAAUGCUUGCUCCUCGUGAAAAUAUUGGAUCUAUUUGAGUUUUAAUAUAAAGACAUUGUUAUCAUGGUUUCCCAGAAAUCUCAGUUUUUGAAGGGAAAGCUCUGCAACUGAGACUUUAGGAACUCUUCAAAACAUCUUCAAGGAUCCUCCUGUGCUCUCAGGGUAAAAAUCGCGUGCCUUUUUUUCCAAAAAAGUUGGUAGGCUAUUGCAUGUGUUUUUGAUACACCCAGACUAAGGAAAGGAGAACAUAUCCUGAAAACAGUAGCAGGUCCUUCCAACAUCCACAACCUUACACACCAGUAACUGAUCAAAAUUAAUUUAGGAGGUCGUUAAGAUUACUUACUUGUUUAUUUGAAUAAGAAACCUCUGUGCAAGUAAAAGGGAUUGUUUGGCCAUUUGAGAAGUAAUGUAAACGGAAAUAAUGUAUUGCUAAAGGUGUCUAACGGUAACUUCAAAACAGGUUACAGUGUAAUUUACAUGUCGUUACUAACCCUGAUACUUGUAAACUUUCUUGCAGUUAUUUGUUCCAUUACAUAUCAGAGGACAGAAUUAUAUACUUAUGCAUUACAGAUAAUGUAAGAUAUUAACUAACCUUUAUUCCUACCUGUUUAAAUAUAUUUAUCUCUAAGACAGUAAUGUUUACUUGGAUUUGAAGUUAAGAAUGAGUUUUUGUUGUAAAAUAAUGAUAAUAUUAUUAUUUAUAUCUUGACUAGAUCAAGAUACAAUGAAAUAGCUGAUGAGGACAUUAUCACUGAUUAGUUGAUUUACUUAUGUAUUUAUUAAGUAGAAUGAAUUAUUGAAAAUGUAUUUAUUCAUUUAUCAGAAACUCUUGUAGUCACUAAUGUUUUUCCUCACUGUAUAUUUGCCAUUUCAUACAGUCACAAGCUCUAUAAAAGCACACCAGUCACUGAUCGCUUUUGUUUUAAAUAUUAUUUUGCAACCACAUAAGACUUUUGUCUCAUGUUUCUUUUCUGACAAGGAUUUUGAAAGAUCAAGAGCAUUUUUGUACCUGACAGAGAUUAAAAAGCGGUAAGUCACCAUAUCUAUUCACACUGUAAAUAAUGACCUUGUUGUAUCUGAGGUUUAUUUUUUCAUUAAUGCUGAUGUCUAUUGUAAUAAUCUGCAUUUUUGUGACGUUUUUAACAGUUUUCAAACUGCAUAUCAUGGACGAGCUCAGACAGCUUUGCCGUAUGCUAUGAACAGUGAAUUUUCAAGAGUUUUGUCAGGGGAAAUGGUGAGUUGUUGUUGCAUAUUGUUAGUACACUUAGUGGUAUGUGAACCAUAAUAGCAUAUCGGUAGAAUUUUUAGCAUUUUUGUGUUGAUGGUGAUGCUGAUAAUGUUAACUGCUGUUUUUCACAGAGGCGGUUCUCAGACACUGGAGCAAGUGCCGAUAAUUUGACAAAGGUGCAGGGAGAAUUAGAUGAACUCAGAGGAAUAAUGGUGAAAAACAUUGGUAAGAACUUGAUGAACUCAGGCAGAGGAAAUAAGAGUAAAUAUGAAAUCUGGGUAGGGUUUGCACAAAGUAAAAUUUCUAGGUGAACUUGGGGCGAAACUAUUAGAAUUCAAGUCUUCUCUUAAAUUAACUUCCACUAAGAAUUGAGAAUAGAGAAUUUGUAAAUGGAUAUUAGGGGUAAAAGGGUUUAAACAAGUGCAUGUACAGCUUACUCUCACCUUGUGGAAACCCUGCUUUAACAGACACCCUGAUCAUAUGGACAGAAGCUCAAUCCCAGCCAGUGAUAAAUUACAGUUGUUUGAAUAGGCAUGUUGAUGGUAGUAGCGCUUUUAAAGGGUAAAUCUGAUUGCCAUUUUAAUCAACAGAUACAAUUGCACAAAGAGGAGAACGUUUAGAACUGCUAAUUGACAAGGCAGAAGACCUCAAUACCUCAGUGAGUUUCCUAUUUUUUGCUGUAUUGGUUACAUAAAAAAAUCUCAAAUUCUCUUUUAUUAAGUGCUGAAAUUAAAGCUCAGUUAUUUUGUCAUUCCUACAUCUUAGAUCACUUUUGCAUAAAAAUCUCGAAGAACGUACCAUAGCAUUCCAGCCACAGACUAAAAAGUUAGAACUACACAGUACUACAAAACAAAUAGCACGAUGUGAAAGUACUACUGAAGAGGAUUCAUUUGAAUGGUCACACCAUUAGAAUUUGUCCACCAACUCAACAUUUGAAAGACUCUUGCCCUUGCCUUCUGAUAAUUAAUUUUCAAAUACAUUUUAUCUCUCAGUCUCUCACAUUCAAGAAAUCCAGCAAAGGCCUGGCCAGAGCAAUGUGGUGGAAAAAUGUGAAAAUCACCAUUAUACUCAUCAUUGUUAUCAUUGUAAGUGUACAAUAGAGAGAAUAAACCCUAUAUCACUCCCGGGCGCAACAAGGGAGGGGGGUCAGGUCGGGUCGGGGGCGGGGUUUGCCGUGUCACUCUUGAUCAUGCCCCAGUUGUUCAAAGGCUGGAUAGCGCUAUCCCGCGGAUAAAUCUCUAUCCAGUGGAUAUUGCAAUAAUUAUUAGUUUCCCCAAUACUUAUCCACUGGAUGGUGAUUUAUCGAGUGGAUGGCGCUAUCCAAUGUUGGAACAGCCAGGCCCUGAUGAAAACGGAACAAGACAAAAAGAAGGAAAAUUUUUCGCAGUGUGUGCACCAACGUUACUCCCACUGUGGGUCCUCCUGCACUGUUUCCCCUCUCUGUCACUCUGGAGAAAGGUGGGAGAGGACUCUGGGAACGAGGUUGUGUGUGUACAUCCCUCAGGCCAAUUUCAUGGCAUAUUUUUGACUACGAGUAGUUCCCCAUUUUUCCUCAGGGAUAGUAGAGCGACUGAAACACGAGUGCAUGUGAAAAUCACCCCACACCAGAAAAGGCGACAUGACACUCUCUCCCCUCCGCGUGUCACCUUUUCUUGCAUGGGGUGAUUUUCACGCGCGCUCGUGUUUCGCUCUCUCUACUAUCCCUGAGGAAAAAUGGGGACUACUCGUAGUCUAGGAAUAUUUGUGUAGUGACAGCAAAGAAAUAUAUCGCAAAGUGUGAUGUUCAUGCAGAGUUCUUGUUUUGCUUGUUCUCAUUGCUAUCACCAGCUGAGCAAUCCUUUCAUUUUUCAGCUAGUCUGCGAGCAGUCUCUUAUUUUUCUUCAGAGUCACAGUAGAUUGAGAGUGUGCGUGAGGGGCAAGUGCCUAAUCCACAAGGAACAAUGCACUCACUGUACGUGGCUCUGAAGAAAGACGGACAACCACUCGCUUCUUAUUUUGCAGCGGGGAUCUACUGUCUUAAUUUUAUAUUUCUUUAUUGCUUAUUGUAAUCAAAAAGCAUAACUGUUUUUUUUUUAUUUUUCAGGUGAUUCUUUACUUUAUCAUAUCAGCAGCUUGCAGUGGCUUAGACUGGGGAGGCUGUAUACACAAAGAUAAAAAAAAUUAAAAUUGGCCUGUUUAUAAUGAAGGAUGACAAUCUGAAGGAAUGAUCAAUAGUGUUAAGACUGGUGUUUAAAUUCACAUUUUCCAAAAAAACUUUAAUACUGUAAAAAGGAAAGUUUGGUUAAGGGUAUGAAAAGGCAGUCCUCUAGUCUGUCCAUACUUAGCUAGGCUUGUUAAAUCAUAUUAUUAUGGCAGCACAAAUGUCUGG